CUUUAUUCAAUUUAUAUGAUACUGAUACUGAAAUUGUUGACUUAACAUUAAGUAACAAUGAGCAAGAAAAUAAAAAUAGUGAUGAUUCAUUUGAGGAAAUUGCAUAUUUUACUAAAACUUUAACUGCAAAAUAUGUUGAAUUUUCUGCAAUUUCAGUAGAAUAUCCAUCUACUGAUUCUGAGAGUUAUGCAAUUAUUUAUAAUUUUUUAGAAAGUAAUAAUUAUUCACAAUCAAAUAAUGAACAAAUACAAAAUGCAAUAAAAAAUAAAGCUCGUGUAGUUUUUCGAGAU